AUCUCGAGCGGUGAGGAGGCUGGGUGGCUCCCUGAAUACCUAUUCCGUGAUUCACAUCCACUACAUGGAUCCACCUUUACCUCAUGAAAAACCAUCAAUUAAUCCACAUAAAUUGUUAUUCAUGUUAUACUUCGCUCAGAUAAGUAAUCAUGGCAAUCUCAGUCUUGGAAAUAUCCCCUAGUGGAAAUAAUAAAAUGUUAUUAUGUUAUCCCCAACGGAGCAAUGCUACAUCUACAAAAGAUUACUUUUUUUUUUCAAACAAGCUAAUGUGAAGAAUUAUGAUUGGUAGUAACUAAUAAGGGAAUGGAGGAGCCCACCCUAGUUAGAUUCAGAGAAAAAGAGGAUUAGUUUGGAGAGUUAAGUAGGAGUAAAAUGUUUAUAAGUUUAUCUCCAAAAGGCUCCUCUCACUCCUCUCCCAGCGUUUUGCUUCUCCCGAGUUGUGGCCGCCUCUCCUCCCCGCUCAGUCCACCUGAUUUCUCUCGCCUCCACCACUCCUCCGCCUCUCCCCUCCCGAUCUGCGGUUGGUCAAGGAUACCAACGACUCGCCAGUCUGUUUCCGCUGAGGAAAGAUGUUGUGGAGGCUGAGGAUGUGGUGCGCCCCCGUUCUGAGGAUGUGAGGGAGCCACUGUACCGCCGGGCGCCGCCCUCGCAGGUGAUCCCGUCCACGAGCACCCAUCCCUCCUCUGAAAUCGGCACCCAGCGGCCGAGCCACAGCGGACGACGAGACGGACUGACGCGGUUGCCGAUGUGCCCUUCGUGUCGUUCAACUAGGCGCGCCUCCUCGGCAGACCGGAACAUACAUGGCCGCGCGCGUGUGGCCUUCGCUGCCGCCAGCCUCCUCUUGUUCGAGUCCAUGCCAUAAACCUCCUGUCUCCACCCCACCGAGGCCGGCCCUCGUGCUGCACACAGGCGGCGUCUCGUAGGUACACACGCGGCCUCUGUUUCUCUAUGCGAUGGUCUGCGGUGGUGGAUGUUGGCGAUGGUGUGGUGUCCCCAGUGAGAUACUGUUGGCGGCCUACUCUACUCUCCUGAGAAGAUACUCGAUGGUGGACUGCAGCAGCAAAUGAACAAAGUCGACGGGUAAUGUAUAUUUCAUCUAAGUCAUGUAUGUACCAGGUUUUAUAUUCUUGUGUGUUCACACUUCACAUUAGUUGCUAUCUUGCCUUGCACUUGACUUAAUCAUACGAGGUUGCAUAUUCUUUUAAGUUUUUAUUCCAUUAUUUGGACGCAUUAUGAUUUGAAUCCAAUAUACGUUGUAGAUUUUGUUUUGUCCAUUAAGACUGAAAAAACACCCAUAUGGACGAUCACUACAUAUUUUAGUCUGGCAGGACAGUAUGGGAGAGUAAUCACAAACAAGUUGUCAUUGCGAAGGUUGAUAUUUUGAGAUGUUUAGGUUCUCUUUCGUUGGAAAUCACAUCAAGAUAAAUAUCAGUGUAUAUUAUCUUCAGUUUGAUGUGUAUAGAUUGCUGCUUCCCGCUGAUUAUCAAUAAACGAACAUCUAAUUUAGAGACAGAUUUGGACCUUCCUCUGGCCUGAUGGUGAACUACACCAAGAGUGUUGCUGCCGUGCUAAAUGGCGCCGCCGCUACGGUGUCUGCUGCACCAUCUCGCUAAAGCUUGGGCCGAGUGUGGCAUCCUGCUUUCUUCUACCCCAUCGCGUGCAAAAGUAACAACAACCAUAGCUGUCCCAUAACCAUACCCUUUACCGCCCCAUCAACUCACUAGUUGUGUCCCUCUUCGCCAGACCAACGUCGAUGAGUAGGUGUUUAUGUUGUGGCCCAUGCAGCACAUGAAAGUCAUGUCACACUUAUCCGACAUUGUUACAACUCGGCAGACUGGUGGAGCUGGGGAGACUUUGGUCCCGUAAAAUAUAGCAAUGACAGGGCUCCGACGAGCCAGCGAUGGCAAUGUAGGUGCUCCCACUUUUGGUUGUAAUGUUUUUUUUUCAAUGUUGCAUAUGUUGUGUUUAAAAAGUUGCGAGCUCGUGUACGUUUGAUUGCAAGAUACCUGUGACAUGUCACAAUGAUUUUGGGCAUCUGCUGCAUUUUUUGUGUUUAUGUUGAAAUUUUGAUUUCACAUUUUUUUUAGCUUGAUUUCAUAUUGUUGCAGAUUUUGGCUUCUAUGCGGAAAAUGUCGGGGUGAUUUCUCUUACUUAUUUGUUGCAACCAAUGGAGAUCUAUUGCAUAUAAUAUUUCUGCAUGGAUGUGUCUGAGAUGUCGCAACUUUUUUCGUACACAAGAAGAAUGUUGCAAUGUUGUUGCAUACGUAGAAAUAAAAUAUUGCGGAUGGAUAUUUGCUCUCAUAGCGAUGAAUGUACACACACGAGAAGCAACAUUUUAAGUUGAAUUGGAGGGUGGGGAGCAGCCGAUCAGGUACACCCCCUGCCUGACCGACGUUUAGCGUCUCCCUCAUAAGAGUUAACCUCCUUGAUAUCCCAUCUUGGGAAUUUUAUGACAUACAAGAAAAAGUCAGGAAAAACGAUUGAGGGUUAGAUAGAGGCGACAACUUCAAAAGAAGAGGUGUUCAGCUACUGUAAAGAAGACAGCUUCAAAAGAAGAGUCUUUCGCCCCAGCAAGCACGUUGACAAGUUCAAAGUCAAGUGGAAACCACAAAGAGGCGUUAAGCCUAGAACAGGGCCCACUCGUCAAUGACUUGAUCACUGCAUUUGCCCCGGCUCGAUCGGGUGUUGACGCAUGGCGCCGUGCAAGUUGUAAACUUAUUAAGUAUGACGACGUGGUGCUGCUCAUUAGCCAGCUAAUGCAUGGAACCGCACCUGGCGUUAAAACAUACUCAUCGUGCUCAAUCCAUGCAUUAGCUUCUUGCACGUCGACGGCGAGAACAAUGGCGGCAAUGCGGUGGUUGCCAUUUCUCUGCCUCGCGGUUGCUGCCGCUGGCAGCAUGCUACAUCAAGCUCGUGCCCAGGCUGACAGCAAAGGUUUCAUAAGCAUAGACUGCGGAUAUGCGGGGGAGAUGUACAUAGAAAGCGAUACUAGGCAACAGCUGCAGUUCGCCCCGGAUGUCGGCUUCACCACUGCUGGCUCCAACCACGACAUCUCCGUCGAGUACAUGAGCACGGUGGCCUUUAAGCUAUUCAAGACGGUGCGCAGCUUCCCCGAUGGUAAGCGUAACUGCUACAAGAUCCGGUCCCUGGUGCCCGGGCUCAAGUACCUCAUCCGCGCGUGGUUCUUGUAUGGCAACUACGACGGCCUUAACACAACACCCAUCUUUGACCUCUACAUCGGCGCCAACUUCUGGACGACCAUGAACAUGUCACGGGCGGCACCGGACCAGUUUUUAUUCGCGGAGGCCAUGGUGGUCGUGCCGAACGACUACGUGCAUGUCUGCCUGGUGAACACCGGCGCCGGGACGCCGUUCAUCACGGGGCUGGAGCUCAGGCCGCUUAAGAGCAUGCUCUAUCCAGAUGCGAGCGCGAAGCAGGGCCUGAACCUGCACAGCAGGUUUGACCUCGGCACAGGGAGCAAAACACGUGUGAUAAGAUACCCUGAUGACCCACAUGACCGAAUAUGGAGACCAGUGGAUACCACAGCGGAAUACCCCAGCAUCACAACGUUUAGAAGGGUGCAGAACCCAAACGAUGACCCUUUCCAGGUGCCAACGGAGGUAAUGGACUCAGCGAUUACUGCCCGGAACGCCUCCGCGCUCAUAGAGAUCAUCAUGCACCCUCAGCCUGAGCCCAACAAUCCAUCGCCCGGGUACAUCGCUAUCCUGCACAUCGCGGAGCUGCGCAUUCUCAGAGGCAACGCCGUGCGCCAGUUCUACGUCAACCUCAACGGCAAGCAAUGGUCCUCAGAUGCUAUCACACCGAAAUACCUCUCCAGUGGUGCCAUCUACGGUCCCAUUGUUCCCGACCAACAAGGCACCAUUAGCAUCUCCCUCGAACCCACCGCCGGCUCGACGCUGCUGCCGAUUCUCAAUGCCUUCGAGAUCUUCUCCAUCAUGCCCACCACUAAGGUCGACACCGAGUCCGAGGAUGGUACACCCUCGCCCACUCCCAUCACUAACGCCGGGUCCAAGGAUGGGGCAACCACUCCAGUCACUAACUCCAGCUCCGAGUCCCAGGGCGUUUGCAUUGGUGGCAGUUCAUGCAAGAAGAGCAAUAAGCUAGUCCUCUACAUAGCCGUCCCUAUAGCUGGGUUUGUGGUGGUAGUAUCGGCGGCAGUACUAAUCUUUUGCUUGCUAAGACGGAAGAAGCAAGGAUCAAGAUGAACUCUGUAAAACUGCAACGUCAAAUGAGCAGCACUACGGUUGGGGUGAGAAGGAUUUCAAGAGGAUUCCAACAAUGACCGCUUGUCCUACUGUACGACGAACACUUAUUCGUUCCACGUGAUACUGUCAUUUCUUCGCCUUUGUACUGAUGUGUGUUGUUGAGUAUUUCAAGUAUUGUAAGUUUUCUAAGGAAAUACGUACCUCUCCUCCAACCAGGUUAUUGAAGAAUUUUAAGUGCAAAUGUACAGUCAUUCAGACUUUUAAUGUGUUUUUUAAAUAUUGAGAUGUUUUAUUUUCUUUA